CUUGAAUUCGAAUUUCAAACAUUUCGUGUUGUACUUUGCAAAGUUAUUUUUCUUGUUUUGAUUAACACUAUCUCUUUACCGCCUUUACCAAGGGAUACAACACAAUGCCGAAACGACGUAGAUUAUUAACUCCUAUGAAAAAGAAAUCAAACGUGUUGAAAACUGAAAACGACGAUAAAGAUGAAGCCAAUGUACCAGAAACACCUGAAAAAGAAGUAUCAACAGCUCGUGGUCGCCUGAAAGGAGCCCUACUGGAGGCCUUGGAACCCGUGGCAGGGGAGGAUUCUGACACAUCAUAUGAACCAACUUCUAGCAAGAAGAACAGGCGUUCAAACCAUGACUCAAAAUGGGACGAUGACUCUGAAGAAGAGACUCCACGUCGUCGCCGGUCACCCGUCCGGCAGUCAUAUGUCCUCAAACUGUUUGACCGCAGCGUGGACUUGUCACAGUUUGAAGAAGAUUCCCCCCUUUAUCCUAUCUGCAGGGCAUGGAUAGCCAAUCAGCCCAAAGCAGAUUAUAGCAAGUUUGGGGUAAUAAAAAAGGAGACAGAGUCAUCAGAAGGCAGCAUCGAUCUUCCAGGACCAGAAGGUCCGCAUGUCAGCCCCAUUCCAGAUCUUAUCCCGGAGCAGAAGGAGGUUAAUGUGGAUAAAAUAAACUUGAAUUAUGACGGCCCGCUGCCGAGCCGGGAAGAGCUGCUGGAGUGUCACGCACGCCGCUGGAGCGCGGUGCGGCGCGCGUGGGCGGCGCGGGCGGCGCGGCUGGAGGCGCGCUACCACCGCACGCAGCGGGUGCUCAACACAAUCAAUGUCAAUACUUUGGCGUGAUGAAAGCGGAGACUAUGACGUAGUGGUAGUUUUGCCUCUUCGAGGUUCGAUUCCCGGUAAAGGUCUUGCCUUUAAAGAAGAAGGAAGAUGUUUUUUGAUUCAUCCGCAUCUAAGAAGUUUAUUUUUAUAACCUAUUCUCUUUUAAGAAUAUCAUCUUUUAUAUUAUCACAUAAUAUUUUUAGAAAUACACUUAAUGUAAUUUUCUUGAUAUUCAUUUAAGUAUUACUUCUUUUUUUAUCUAGUUUGUAGGUACAAUAUUUUGAUUACU